AUGCAGCUAUACGCAUCAAUCCUGGCCUCACUGGCCCUCUUCUCUUCCGUUUUUGCGGCCCCGACGCCGACCGUCGUCACCGAUGCUGUCGCGCCUCGCGCAGAUGCAUCCGACAAGCUCGUCUUCUGCCAUUUCAUGAUGGGCGUCGUCUCUAACCGCGAAAGCGCGGACGACUACGACACCGACAUGAAGAACGCGAAGGAUGUCGGCAUCGACGCCUUCGCGCUCAACAUUGGCACGGACAACUUCACGGACACGCAGCUUGGCUACGCGUACGACUCGGCCGCGCGCAACGACAUGAAGGUCUUCAUCUCCUUCGACUUCAAUUGGUUCCACAAGGAGCAGGGUGCGGACGUCGGCGCCAUCAUCGCGAAGUACGCGGGCAAGGACGCGCAGUUGAAAGUCGGCGAUGCAGUCUUUGCCUCCUCCUUUGCCGGCGAUGGCGUCGACGUGCAGGCGAUCCGCGACUCGGCAGGCGUCGAGAUCUUCUGGGCGCCGAACUUCCGCGCGGACACCGACGUCAGCAAAGUCGAUGGUCUGCUGAACUGGAUCGGGUGGCCGAACAACGGCAACAACAAGGCGCCCGACUCGACGCUCGUCAGCGUUGCUGAUGGCGACAACGCGUACAGGACCGCUUUGGGCGACAAGCCGUUGAUUGCUCCGCUCUCCCCGUGGUUCUUCACUCACUUCGGCAACGAAGUCUCCUACCCCAAAAACUGGGUCUUCCCUAGCGACCUACUCAUCUACCGCCGCUGGCUCGAGAUCCUUGAGGAGCAACCGCAGUAUGUCGAGAUGAUCACCUGGAACGACUACGGCGAAGGCCACUACAUGGGCCCGCUCUCUUCCACGCACACGGAUGACGGCGGCUCGAAAUGGGCUAACGAUAUGCCGCACAACGGCUGGCUCGAACUCUCGAAGCCGUUCAUCGCUGCGUACAAGGCCGGCGCGAAGGACCUCUCGAGCUACAUCACCGAGGACAAGCUGAUCUACUGGUACCGCACUACACCCAAGGCCCUCGACUGCGACGCGACCGACACCACGAUGGAGGACGCGGACAACAGCACGGGCAACUACUUCAAGGGCCGCCCGAACGGGUACGACACCAUGGCCGACGAGGUCUUCGUCGUCUCCCUCCUCACCGCGCCCGGCACGACCGGCGUGAACACGGGCGGCACCGUGCACUACUUCGACGCGCCCGCGGGCGCGAGCGCGUUCUCCGUGCCGUUCAACGUCGGCGCGCAGAGCUUCAUCCUGCUCAGGGACAACGUGCCGGUGCUGGACGCGACGAGCCUGAAGGAGAUCAAGAACGAGUGCCCGUGUGGGAUCUACAACUUCAACGCGUACGUGGGGACCGUGCCGGAGAGCCCGAUCGACGCGCUGGACGACCUUGGCCUCGCGGCGUUCGAGGCGGGGUUGAAGGUCCAGUGCGAGGCGAAGCCGAUGCUCGGGAUAACGAUCCCGGUCGAGGCGGUGAUCACGACGACGCUGGCCGCUGGGACGGCUGCGCCGACGGACCCUCCUAUCCGUCGGUAA